CCCUCGACCUCUUCUUUUCUCAUGCGAUGCAAUGACGUAAACUACGACACUUUUCCACGCUGCCAUAACCAUGAAUAAUCACUUUACCAUAGGUGAAAGGUACAUUCAUUCCAACUGUUUACAAGCACCGUCGCUCAUUACAGCACCGCAACGCCAUCCCACCCGGCAUCAGCCCAACUGACCAUGAAAUCACCAAAUCCACACAACCCCAAGCGCAACGAAACCUUCCAUCCCGCACACAUACCCAUAAACCCCAAUGCAACACUCCACCCAGUACCAAGCCACAUAACCGGCCCCCUCCCCUUCCUAAACCCCACAAAAGCACACUACCACCUCCCCUCCCACCCAAAUAUCCGCUUCAAAUGGACCUCGCGCAACGACCGCAAAGGCCGACACGCCAUCUCGGUAAACCAAACCCACGCCUCCGUCACUACAGGGAGCACCACUCCGCGCCCCACCACCUCCCCCCACACCAUCUUGUCUAAUAUCUGGAAAAUGGCGACUUACUACCCCAUCUGGGACCUGUCUUUCCUCAUCGCACAUAUAUUUACGCUCGGCAGCGUGCUCUGGAUCCUGAAUGCGUUUUUCGUCUUUUUGCCUUUGGUGCAACCGGGGACGGAGUUUGAGGGGGAAGAGUUGUAUGGCGGGGGGAUAACGGCGUUUGUUGGGGCCACGGUGUUUGAAGCGGGGUCGGUGCUGUUGCUUGUUGAGGCGGUGAAUCAAGGGCGGUCGGGGUGUUUUGGGUGGGCUGUUGAACGAGCAUUUGAGGGGGAUGAGGGCGUGGAGAUGAGGGUGGAGAAGGGGGGGUGCUUGCAUGCGCAUAGGAGAAGGGAGGAGGGUGGGAGUGUGGACAAGGCGGAGAGAAGGAAGUGGGUUUGGUGGCCUGGGAGGGAAGAGUUGCAGAGGCAUUAUAUUCAUAGUCUGGGGUUUUUGGCGUCGCUGGCGCAGUUUGUGGGUGCGACGAUUUUUUGGGUUGCCGGGUUUACAGCGUUGCCGGGGGUUUAUGAUAACAUGUCGCGGGUUGUUAGGAUUGUUUUUUACUGGACGCCGCAGAUUGUGGGUGGUUUGGGAUUUAUCAUAUCUGGUUUUCUGUUUAUGAUCGAAACGCAACCUACAUGGUGGAAGCCAGCGCCUCGAACGCUCGGCUGGUGGAUUGGAGCUUUGAAUCUGAUCGGUGGCGUGGGAUUCACGUUGUGUCCAGCGUUUGGAUAUGAUAGCAGUAAUUGGGCGCAGUAUCAGGCGUGUCUGAGUACCUUUUGGGGUAGUUGGGCGUUCAUGAUUGGGAGCACACUGCAGUGGUAUGAGAGCCUUGAGAAGUUUCCGGUCGAGGUUGAUCGAUCGGCGCGGUAAUGGAGAUUUUGCGUUGGAUG